AUGUCCCGCCGCCCGCCGGGGGCCUCGCGGAGCCGAGAGGAGCGGUCGGGCAGCGCACAGCAGUUCAUUGCAGGCUGUAUGUACCGAGUAGUUCAGACGACGGGACCAGAUGGAAAAAACCUUCUGAAAUUACUCCCAAUUUCUAAACCUUCUGGAAACUUUGUGCCAGUAGUUCAGUCUUCAGCCAUGUCAAAUAAUCCUAACGGGAAUGUUUCUAGUCCAGUCCAUCUUGCUUUUAAGACACAGCUUGCCAGUACUGCUGCAUCUUCAUCUGUUAAGAUACCUGUUUUUCAGUCUCCUAAUUCUGGAAAGAUUAUCCUUGCAAGGACGUUAGACAAACAGGGAGGUGUUAGAGCAGGUUCUGAUAAAGAAAGCGUAACGACAGAAUCAGCUGCUGACGUUCAGAGUAGUUGUGUUUCGGUUGAUAGACGGUCUUUGCAGAACGCUGCCGUAACGAGUUCAUCUGAGCAGAGUCACACUGCACACAUGUUGGGAAACACCAAAGAUAAUCCCAUUUCUGUGAAGCCUCCAGUUCUGCCCUCUGGCCACCACCUCCAGAUACCAGCGGAUGCAGAAGUGAAAUCUGUCCCAGCUUCUUUUUUACCGGCUUCAAUCCAGCAAAAAAUACUUGCCGCUGCAGCAACAAAUGCGUCUGAUGGAGCUGAUAGUAAAAAAAUGCCAAUGGUGAUUUAUGUGUCACCUGUGAACGCAGUGAAAACAGUACUUCCCAAGCGUUUGCAAGCUGACAACCCCAAACCUGCCCCAGAUGUUUCAAAAACGUUGCUAAUGGCAGCUCCACAAAAGGCACACAGCUCUUCUCCUGAGACAGGAACGUCUGAUGGUCAGCAGUGCCAGCACGCACCAAUGAAAUGGAUUGUGCGAGAAAGUCCGCAGUUGCCAGCGCCCUGCCUUAUUCCUGUAAAGUCAUCAAAUAACGUGGCUUCCAAGAUCUUGAAAACUUUGUCAGAUAUGAAGAAUGUAGAAGUGAACUCUGCAAAUAUUUUGUCACGCUUUUCUACUGGUUCUGGUGUAAGCAAAACAAAAAUCACGUCCAUUAAGGAUAAUGCUCUGGUCAUGUGCAAUGGGAAAGUCUAUUUAUUGACCAGGAGAGGUUCUGAUGUUCUGUCAGCCCAAGCUGACGUGCAGGCAUCUUCCUCUUAUGGUGCUUCACUUAAAAAGGGAACAUCCAAGCUAAUUGAUUCUACUGAAGUCACUAAAAUAAGCAAUAAAGUGGUGAAUCUGGUAUUAUCCAAAAACAAAGGAGUGCCGUUACCUCAGAAAGAUCCUAAAGUGUGUACAAACUCUAAAGCUUCUUCACCUGGAAGUUUAAGAAAUGACUUAAAAUCUGCAUCUGCAGCUCUGGUGAUACCAAGUGUUGAGGAGCAGAGUUCCACUGUAAACCAGGGAAAGAGUUUGCCCUUCAUGGAGAGCAUCUCAAGUGGAAUGACCCCAAUUACGGCGUUAGGGAUGCAGGAAAAUACGUGCCAAGAUGGCAAGGAAAUGAUUCAUUCCCCCAAAGCAGCAAGUGCUGUUUUACCUCAGUCUGAACACGAGUGUGCUUUCAGUGAAGACUGGCAAAAGGUCCAGCGUAAGAAGAUGUAUUCACUAGGAAAAGUUAAUAAAAAAAAAGACCAAGAGAAGCCACAUUGGAAACAGUAUUUGCAAUUAAGGACAAAAUUUGGUCUCUAUAAGGAGGAGAGAGUCUACCUUAAGAGAAUACCAUUAACAACCUCCUGUGAGAAACCAGAUGAGAGGGUGAGCUCCAGUAACAGCUUGGAAAAGAAAAAUGAUUCUUGCACUUCCUCCUCAUUAGAUGUGACAAUAACAGACCGACAUCGGGAAUGUAUUAAAGAGGAAAAGGUUAUUUUGGAUCUAGAAGAGGGUUUAUCUAAGAAAAGAAAAACAAAAUCUUCACUGCCAGACAGUGGAAAGAGAAGGAAAGCAUCAGUGAAGUCAGCCACGAGCUCAAGUUCAGAAUACAGUGGCCGAAGUUCUAUCACACUAAACAGAAGUGUUUCUCCUCCACCUGCCUUAUUGCAGCGAAGCAUCUCCACAGACUUUGUAUCCUCAACAGACGCUGAGCGAGAGCUGUGCUCCCAAAACAGCGAUGUUACAGACUCAGAUAUUCCAGUGUUAGUGUCCUGUGAAGACCAUGCUUCACUUUUUGAAGGCUCUUUCAGAGAUGAUGCUUUCCCUUUGACUCCCCCAGACCUGGAUGAAACGAUCCGGGACGAGAAGAUAAAACGACUCAAGCAGCUCUUGAGAGAGCGGGAAGCAGCACUUGAGGAAAUGCGUAAAAAAAAUGCAGCAAAUCUGAAAUACUGAAGGUGGUGGUGGUCUGAACCGUAUUCAUCUUCAUCUCAGUGACGUGAAGAAGAAAUUUUGCGUUCGAAUGAAGGUGAAUAUUUCUGGAAAACGGAGGACCUUGAGGAAAUUUGUAAUGUGUAUUUAUAAAAAUAAUUUUCCUACUAAAGACUAGAAAUAAAAGACUUGGACCACCAGAUUGUGCUUCUGGGACAUGUAUGCGUAUCAGAAUACAGAAGAGAGUGUUUUUACUAUUUUUAGCAUAUCCUCUGUAUUUUGCAUUAAAGGGGUUUCUCUACUAGUCUUAGAAAAUAAACUUCCCCAAUUUGGAAAUUUGUAGCCCAUCUGUUAGAGACAGAGUGCAGAUAGCACCCUCCCCCCUUGUAAAUGUAUAUUUUUUUGUUUUCUUAAUAUUUUAUACUGCAUGACAGCUUUUGUGAAUUACUAGGAACUGUCACUUGUCAUAAAAGGUCCAUGGUCAGUGUUUAAUAAAUGCUAUUUAAGAGGUUUGGGGAUUAGUCUUCAGGCAGUAAUGAUGCUGAUAUCCAGGGGAACCAGUACUAACAGCUGCUGAAGUGUACCAGCAAAGUUAUUUCGGUACGUGUUUCCUGCAGUUAUUGUUGUAAGCCUUUAUAAGGCCUUUGACAGAUGUGCAAUGUUGAAGUUUGGUUGUAGGAUUAUUUGGUUGUUGGGUAGGGUGGGUUGUUUGUUUUACUUUAAUGAGUUAAACUGAAUCAUUCCUUAUUUAAGCAAAAAAGAUACAUUUCUUUGUCUGUGAGUGGUAUCUUUAAGAAUUCCUGAUGAAUGUCUCUUCCGUUAACUCGUUCCAUCUUUAUUUGAAUGUCUCCUUCAUUUGAUGCUGCCUACGUUUUGCACUGUAGAAGAGAAAGAGCACCGAAGCUGUCUUUGCCAUCAUGAUUUUCAUAGCUCUUCAGAGUGUUUCCCCAGCAUGUAAUGUCAUGUGGUAUGGAGGCCUUCUGCUCCUCUCUGUUGUCCAUGUCACAGGAUGAGCUAGGUUGGAAGAGACUUUCAAGGUGAUCACGUCCAACCAUCAGCUGACCAGGUCCCAUCGCCGACCCAUGUCCCUUUGUGCCACAUUAAAUUUUGUCACAUCACUGAA